AGAACCAACCAACAUUAGUUCUAUGUGAACCCUUUGUUUUGUUUAUGUGCGUCAAUUCUAAGUGAACACCUCCUCAUUAAGAAGGCAAAAUACCCAAAAAGAACCCACCAACACUAAUUCUGCCAUUUCUAAGAUACCAAAGAAUUGGCUAUAUCAUAUAUGCGAGAAUGACAAACAUCACACAGUGAGUGACAACCUGUUGAUAACUCGGUAGUGCCGUGAAAGAUAGCCUUACCAUACUAGAUGUAAAUGGAAAUUGUGGUUUUGCAUUCAGUGAGUUUGGGUUAACUGAGUUCAAUUUCUAUGAAAAAAUACGAGUAGUAGGCCUUGCAAUAUAGCCCUACCCUUUGUUCUAUAAAUUUGGUGACAGAAUGAGGGCGAGGCUAUUAUGGCAGUUCAAGAAAUUCCAAGAAAAAAUUAUUUAAUUCCAAGAUUUAGAAAUUUAGGUUCAUUUGUAAGCCUUGCUUCCCAAAUGCCAUGGCUUGUGUUAUGAUCUAUUCUCUACUCUAAUUCAGGUAAUAACAGAGAUGAAGAGAUUACCUACAAAUCUUAGCGUUCCUUAAUUUCCUUCAUCACAAAUACUCCAGCUCCAUGGACGGACACCUCGUCGUUGGGGAAGACUAUGUAUCCCAACGUAAAUAUCUUUGUCGUCCUAAUUUGUUAUGUCCUUGUUCUUACAACUUCGUCUUCUGUGUGCCUGUGGAAGACUAUGGAAAAAACGUCGUCCCCGGUGAGAUUAGAGAUCAAAGGAAGUAUACGAAGUGGUUUACCAUCAGUAUUCAUGCGGACGGUCCUGGCGAGUUAUACACUAGGGAAAAACCGCUCACUUCGUUUUGGGACGGCAAACUUUACGACGUCAGGGGCUUUGCAGCCCUAGGCUCCCACGUCUACGAUUUUAGUGGGCCGACGUUCCCUAACUCAUUAGACGUUACCCACCAUGGCGGUUGCAGCCUCGACCCUGUUUGUCCGAUGAUUUGUCCCAGAUCCCGCUUGCGCAAUUUGGUUAUAGACGGAAAGAUUUAUGUUUUUUCUGGUCACCGAGAACAUUAUUUAUCGAAAGAAGAUAUUCCGCCUUACGCCGGAUGGGGUGAGGUUUUUGAUCCUGAAAAUGGACAAUGGGAAGCCUUACCUGAUCCUCCAUAUGUUUCGAGUUUUACAAUCAUGUAUGCAGCGCUUGAGAAUCCAAACAGGAUUCUGGUGGGUUUCCAUGUUCCGGAUACACACUAUUGUGCAAUGCUUUAUACAUAUAAUGUACAAAAUCGAUCUUGGAAAAUUCUUUCACCUGAGCCCAAGCUGCUCCCCUCUAAGUAUUCUGUAAUGUCUCGUCAAAGGACGGUAACCGUACAUAAUACUUUAUAUUGGGUCUCUCGCAUAUAUGAGAAGAUAUUCUUGAUUGCCUAUGAUUUAGACUUGGAUAUGUGGUUUGAAGAGAGUCUUAUGGGUCUCGGACUUUUCGGGCACACAUCUCCUUUUCUUUUCCAUUUAGAGGAGCAGAGAUUCUGCCUCUUCCAAACUUCAACGUCUGAUGAUUAUGAUGAUGAUGAUGAUGAUGAUAAUGAUUAUGAAGAUCUUCCAUCGGAUGCUGAUCUUCACUGCGUUGCAUUUGAUAUUUCUCAUAUGCCCGGGGAGAAGAGAUUGGGCAUAUCGCUUGCCUGGGAACAAAAAUAUAAGGUGGACUGCUCCUAUGUGAUAACUGAUUGCCUUUUACUGCCUGAAAUCGAGCAAGAGGAACUGCUAGAAGCAAAUUAAGGCUUAAUAGAUUAUAGUCUAUAUUAGGUACUCUCUAUUUGUUGCAUGUUCUUAUGCAUUCACUUUUGACUUUACUGAGUAGAUCAUUACAUUGUCCAAUGCCCUAAAGGAAUGUGUUUUCUUCUUUCUUCUGUGUUAGAACCGUUCUAGAGAUGACUUUGAUUUGAAGAGGAUCGUAAAAGGCAAAAGCAUGCAUGCUCAAAAAAAAAUACUGAUACAUUGUGUGGAGUAUUUAUUGUAGAUCUAUUUCUUGAGGCUCCCUUUUGAAUUGUUCCAUAUGGAAAUG